UGUUUCUCUCUCCAUCUCUCUCCCUGUUUCUCUCUCUGGAACUGGUUUGAUUAAGCGUGCACAGAGAGGGGCUGGACACACGGGCCCGACAAGAAAAACAGAACGAGAUCUGAGGUUUUUUUUUCCCAUAAUUUGGAAUUGGAUUUGGAGACCCUUUUCCAAAAGGGGUCUUCUUCUCUGCAAUCUCCUUCAUUCUCUACACUGGUUUGUUGGGUUGUGAGGUUGUCUUGUAGUUGGAGCCAUGGCAGUUGAGGUGGUGGGAUUUGAGAUGGUUCAAGGACCAUUAGAGAACGGUGCUGAAGGAGGCAAACCUGUUUUGCAUGAAAAGGAGAAUGGCAAACUGGAACAAGAUCUGGGAGCUGGUGAGCCCAUCAAAUUUGGGUCUCAUGGAGAUGAAGCUGCUAAAGAGGAAGAGAAUGAUGUUUCAGAAUCCAAUGCCCGGAAAGAUGCUGUUGAAGAGUGGCCUGCACCUAUGCAGAUUCAUGCUUUCUAUUUUGCCAGGUGCCGACCUUAUGAUGAUCCAACCAUCAAAUCUAAAAUUGAUCAGCUUGAUAAAGAAAUUAGCAAGAAAAAUCAAAUCCGGUUUGAGAUCACUGAAGCACUUAAGGCAAAGCGGGCAGAACGAGCAGAGUUGAUUUCUCAGAUUAAGUCUCUGAGAGGUGACAGUAGGCAAUAUCAGAGUAUUGUGGAUGAGAAAAUAAAAGAGAUAGAACCUCUGCAGCAGGCACUGGGCAAGCUGCGCACUGCAAAUAACGUGGGUCGGGGUGGUUUAUGCUCAUCUGAGGAGGAACUUAAUGACAUUAUAUACAGCAUGCAAUACCGCAUCCAGCACGAGAGCAUUUCAUUGACUGAGGAAAAACAAAUCCUCCGUGAAAUCAGGCAGCUUGAGGGGACAAGGGAGAAGGUUAUUGCUAAUGCUGCAAUGAGGGCCAAGUUACAGGAUUCUAUUGGGCAGAAAGAAGCCAUUCAAGAUAAGGUUAAGAAUAUAGGUGGGGAUUUGGAUGAAGUGAAGAAGGAGAGACAAGCAAUUCGGUCCAAAAUCAAGCAAAUUGAUGAUUUACUGAAUACCAUAGACAAGGAUAUCCAGUCUAUACAGGAAGAACUGACAGCUGUUACUCAGAAGAGGGAACAAGCUUUUGAGAGCAUUCAGCAACUGAGAAAACAGCGCGAUGAGGGGAACACCUAUUUUUACCAAAGUCGUACACUUAUGAACAAAGUACGGGAGCUGGCUACAAAGAAAGAUGUCAAUGCUGUUCGGGAACUUUCAAAGACAGAGGAUGGGAAAUUUAUGUCACUCUGGAACAGUGACAAGACUUUUAGGAAUGAUUAUGAGAAAAGAAUUUUGCCAUCACUGGAUAUGCGGGAGUGUAGUAGGGAUGGACGGAUGAGGAACCAAGAUGAAAAACCACUGUUGGAAGAACCAAAACGUGCUGAAACUGAUGCAUUAUCAAAAAUCAUCCCAAAACAGCCAAAGGAGGAGCCUAAGCCUUCUCCACAAGAAACUUUGCCUACUCAGAAAGAAUCCAAAAUCAAAGGGAGAGAUUCGAAAUCCGAGGCUGAGAAUAAGGAUGUAGCUGAAACCAAUGAAUAUGAAUUUGAAUUGCCCCAGAAGGAGACCUCUGUCAAAGAGCCCGAAAUUGAUCCUGCAAUGUUGAAAGAGAAAAAAAGAGAAGAGGAGAUUGCAAAAGCAAAGCAGGCCUUGGAAAGGAAGAAGAAGUUAGCUGAGAAAGCUGCAGCCAAAGCAGCUCUGAGAGCACAAAAGGAAGCUGAGAAGAAGCUUAAGGACCGUGAGAAGAAAGCCAAGAAGAAAGCUGCAACUGUUUCCAAUCCUGAGGAGGAACAGGAAGAAGCAGAAGUUGAGGCUGAACAAGAAAAGGUUAAUGAUAAUGUUGUUGAAGCUUCAGCCAAAGAAAAGGUUCCAAAGGAGAGUGGUUUUAGGUCAAGGGGUAGAGCAAAAGGCCAGGAAUCAAUUCCAAAAGUCAUUCUUAAGCGCAAAAGGUCUAACAAUUACUGGAUAUGGGUUGCAUUUGCAUCUGCUGCUGCUUUGUUAGUUGUGCUGUUGUUGGUGUUUGGAUACACUUAUCUUAUCUGAAAAAAGUUUAGAAUCUGGAAGGAGCUACAAGACCAAUUUUCUUAGUGGAAUGCCUAGGUUUGUGAGGAUAACCUAAGUUAUUUAUGUUCUAUACAUCCUCUUUGGGGAACUUGUGGAGAAGCUGCAAACAUUUAGCUUGACUUUUAUGUAUUUUCAAAUUUUGUUCAGAUUUCAUGUGAUGUUUA